UAAAACCCAAUUCUCAGUCGUCAUACGUUGGACGCCAUCAUGGACGACGGAUACCAAAUGCUAGACAACGACAACUACGAGGACGUCACGGCUCUGUUUGAACAAGCCAGUCAAGAUAUGCAACCUGGUACUUUACUGUUCGAUAAAGACUUUUCGUUGCACGACUCCAUGGCCGCUUUCGAAAUUGGCGAGCCCCGCUUUGACAGUGGUCUCUCGCUUUUGGAUGACUCGCGACCACCCUUCGAUUCCCUCACGCCGCUCUUACCAGAGGAGGUUUGCUGGAUAAUCGAUCGUGCAUUUUCUUGCGAGAUGGCAUGGCAUGCUGGUUGCACUCUCUCACAGACGGUCUUUUCUUUCUUAUACGUCCACGCCUUGCCUAACAUGGAUCCGGAUACAAUCGCCCAAUCGCACCAUGGUGAAUAUGACAGAGCAAGGCCGAUCGAGCUUGUCAGUGUCGUUCUCAGAGCCUCGGUACUUGGGCUGCUGAAGUGUUGUGAUCUCGCAUGGAGGGAGCUCAUCAAGGGAAACGUUUAUGACUCUGAGGACUGGCAGAGCGAGAAAUGUGAUGUACCAAUGUCCGAAACGUAUCCUGUAAGUCGCAUCUUGGGCAUCCUGGACGAAGCCUGUAUUUGGAUUCGAAAUUCCUCCCGAGUCCGGUCGACGUGGAGGACUGCGCUUUUCCACCGCCUCGUCCUGCGAAAGACGCUCGUCGAACUCUUGUCAGCCCUGCUGUCAAAGGAUUACUUCCGUUUUCAACCACUCGUUGAGACGGCCCGCACUAUGCUGCAGCAUGUGCGCGCUUCUCCUCCGCCUCCUCCUCGACCAUCCUCCCCCGCACUGUGCGUGUUUGAUCCGCAGUUCCCGCGAGUCCUCGUGUCUGCGAUUCCUCUCCACCCAAUACAGCUACCAGAUCAAAGCAGCGUAUGGGAUACGUUAACAGGCCUUCUCGACUCUGUAGAGCAACUCGCCAUCCUGACCGAGAUACCCGAUCUCUCUACGUGGGACGUCGUUGGCACGCUUCGUAUCUGGCAGCCUAAGCCGAAUCAAUCUUUGGCUUACAUCCGGUCCGCUUUCCAGUCAGCUAUUUAUGAAAACGGAAUUAUUUUAAACAAAUUUCUUCAGAAACAUGCAGUGGACUGUUUUUUCAUGGAAGCAUUGCAGAUAUCUUAUGAUUCAUUUAUUUCUUCUUUUCAAACCCAAUGGGUUGGUCCGGAUUCUUUGCCACUGGGACAUAUCGAACGAACCAUCACUCAGCUCGUGGUUGGUCGCAUCAAGUCGCACUGGUAUAAUCCUUCGCGGCGACGGAGAUAUUGCAUGAAGUCGUUAUUUGAUUGGCACGAGUUGUAUGCACUUCUGACAGAUGUUCAGAAGCAUCUGGCCCCUAUUCAGUCCGGAAUAGAUGUCGUUGGGAAGCUGCGACCCGUGGUACUCAUGUAUAGAUUCGAAACGAUUCGCGAAAUUGUUCUAUCCGGGUUUCAGCUCUCACUCUACUCUGCCAACGAGCGCCCUUUCGCGUACUGGUACCUCGCACAGGUGCUAGAGCAGCAUCUUGCCUGUUCCGAUGAGAUAAUCGAUGUACUCCCGAAUUCUGUUCCACAUUUCGAGUUCCAGUUCCGUGCAAGGUAUUUGACGGCUUUACAAGCGCUUUCAUUCACCCUAUUCGCCGUGACCGUCAAGACGAUGGGCUCUUCGUGGGAACGGCUGAGGCUCAACUUUCUACGUCGCUACAAGUGGGCGUUCGUGCACGAAUAUGCGGAUAUUGACAUCCCUCCUGUUGGUCACCCUAACUUCCUCAUCUUUGCCACCAAUUGCAGUGCAAUCUUGCAGGACAAAGAGUUCUCGCCUGUUGAGCAGGUCGAACUCGCAGAACGACUCCUUACGGAGUCCAAUACAGCACUUGGCCAAAUGGCAGGACCAUGGACUCUAGAUCGGAAGGAGUUCGUGUCAAAAAUGGUGGGUGGGUGUCGUGAUUUGAGGAGCUUACCGAAGAGUAUGGACGAAUUGCGGACGUGGGACGUUGGGCAAUUAGUUUGGGAUCCGGAGGUGCAGCCCUGGUUUCCAUUUAUGCGGAAUUGCUCGUAGGUUGGACUGUAAGCUCCUUAGCACACAGCGUUGCCUGAGCUGGUAGUUAUUUGCUGUCGCUGACUCCUCUCAUACAUAUGCUUUUAUCUGGUGGGGUUUGUUUGUGUUCGUCCGACUGAAAUUGGACGUGUCCGGAAGAAUGGCUGUGGUUUUACCUCAUCUUAGCACCGAACUUUACAGCUGACGUCGAUCGGGUCUAGGUAAACUUGGCUUUCAAUACCUCAUUCACUCUGGGCUACCGCUUAUUAGAUAUGUUCUUUUUACCCGGGA